UUUGGCUCCCAUGAUUGAAACACGGACGCACGUGCGCCGUUGACGCCUCAGAGCAACUUAAUCGAAGCUUCUUAAAGCAAUGCCCGCGACCGACCCCUAAUUUCCUCCCUACUCUCUGUCGCGAGCGAGCAAGCAAAGCUGAUGCAAGAAGCGAUCCCAAAAUCGCAGUGAAGUCAGCGAUUUCCGUUCAGGACAAUCUCAUUGUUUCCAUAUCCAGGUUUCGAUGAUAGGGAUGAAAAUGGGAAGUAGAAUGCCAACUAGCCAUCAAUUUUCCCGGAUAGACACUAUAGAGAUGAAAUCUCGGAUUGAAAGGAAGCUUGGAAGUUCAAGAGCAGCGAACUACUUUAGUCUCCUAGCAAAAUAUUUAGCUUCUAAGAUUAGCAAAUCUGAGUUUGAUCAACUCUGCAUUGGUGCAGUUGGGAGGGAAAAUGUCCCUCUUCAUAAUCAUUUGAUCAGAUCAAUUAUGAGAAAUGUGUACCUUUCAAGGACCCCCCCAUCAAAAGCAAGCAAAUUAGAAGGUUCUUUGAAUAUUAAAGUGCCAAAUGGGUAUCAAAGAAGUAGUCUUCAGUCACUAUGCAGGGAUUUUCCCCAAUCCCCUCGUAAGGGGAGGACUCCAAUCCUUCGUGAUCGCAAAUUCAGGGACCGUCCGAGCCCUCUUGGACCUCAUGGGAAAAGCCAUAAUAUUUCACUUGAAGAGUCAGUACCUAAGUGUCAAGAACAACAGAGUGCUACUGAGUUGCUUUCUUUGGGUAGCAGACCUCCAGGCUCUGUGGAAGAUGGAGAAGAGGUUGAUCAGGCUGCUGGGAGCCCGAGUAUACAUAGUAGGAGCCCUGUUAGACCUCCUUUUGGCAUACCCAUGAGCAAUAAAGGGAUGCAAAAGGUUCUGUGUAAUGGACUUACAUCUGCUUAUCAUACUGAGACUUGUCAUAGCCGUGGUGAGCUACCUGAUACCCGCUCUUUGAGGAAGAGACUGGAGGUGAUGUUGGUGAGGGAGGGAUUAAAUAUCUCAGAAGAUUGUGCCAAUCUUUUGAACAACAGCAUUGAUGUUUUCAUGAAAAGAUUGAUGAAACCCUGUUUGGAACUCACUGCUUCAAGGUCUGGACAAAAGUAUUUAGACCAAGGUCCUGGUCCUGUCAAGCACGGUUUAAAUGGGCUGUGGCCUGUGAGAAAUGUAGAAAAAUCUUCUAGAUCUGCUCAUGUUUCCAUGUUGGACUUGAAGGUUGUAAUGGAGUUGAAACCUUUAAUGCUCGGAGUAGAAUGGCCCAUGCAACUUGAGAAAAUUUGCUUGCGUGCAUCAGAACUUAAUUAGUAAUAUGCAGAUAACUAUUUCAGUGGGACCAGAAGAAGUUUUCCCAGACACUCAUCAUGGCUUAUGACAAUUAUAGAAACAACUCUAACAGUAAUCUCGACACAUUGCUUUAUAAGAACUGCUGAAAGUAAAUAAGUAGAAGAACUCGUGGAAGUUUUGGAUCGAGGUGAUUAGAUUGUAAAUAUCCCUUCCCCUGAAUGUGUCGGGGUGAGAUAAUGACUUGGCAAAAGAAAAUCAUAGCGAUACUUGUAAGCAACUAGCUGUUACGAAUAGGUUGGCAGCUCUUCAACCCAUAUCUUUUCUUUUCUCAUUCUAUCGGCUUUCUUAAUAAAUCUUAUCUUUUAAGCUAUGUCAAAAUGUUCUUUACUACUGUUGUUUAAAUUGUCGUUUCGAUACUUCCUCCUCCCCUGACCCCUCUCGCAUGCCCACACAUGCGCGUCAUUACUCUGUUAAUGCAUACAAUUAAAUUAUCUAAUAUGGUUCUGGCACCAUAUGGAAAGAUAAUAUUUUUCUUUGAAGAAUUUCUUGUAGAAUACAAAAUAAAGAAUAAAGUCCUUUUAAGUUUAACUAAUGGCAGAAAAAGGAAGUUUCAUUUUGAUCUACUUCUUUUACACCGGCUUUAAUUUCUUUACUGCACAUAAAACUAGUAUAGUAAGAGUUACUUUUCUUCUGCUUAUUCUCUCUCUAUAUUAAUGUUGCGUAGAUUUAUCGUUCCUGGCUCGGAGUGGGGUGAGCCUUUAGAAUUAAGUUCCUGUGUUUUUUGGGUCUGCAUUAUUUAACUAAUUAACUCUGUUAACAUAUAGUAUAUAUUAGAAACCAAAAUUCUAGAUAUGAAUAGAUCGAGGCCAUUAGAUUUUUAAUCAAAGAAAUACAUAUUUGGUUCAUAACGUGAAAGCCACCUUUCUCUCAGUUAAAAAUUACCUCUAUUUGUAGUUUUUUACCAACUUAAAUGCACCAAAAUGAUGCAAAUACACGAUCAUGGUAGAUGGGUUAAACAAGUGAUCCUUCAUCUAUGCUUAGCUGAUUUUUUAUGGGUAAGGCCUCCUAUGAGCAAGGGGGGAGAGGGGAUUCGAACUUGGGUAACACGUAUAGAGGUGGACCUUCGUUGCCAGUUCAACUAAGGCUCGGGUUCACAACCACUAUGCUUAGCUGAUUAAACUAUUGAUGGUUUCGGUAAUCCUUUAUGGUAUGAUAUGGGACAUAUUGUUGGAAGAAGAAGCUUCCUCUUUUAUGGACUUUGACUAACAGAGUGAUGGAAUGAAAUAAACUCUUAAGGAUGUUGAGAAGUUUCUGUAGGAUGCUCAGUUCUCAUUACUUUGUUGAAGGCCUAAAGGGUUACUGCAAAGCUCGAUACUGAAUUAUCAGAAUAUCAUGUGACUUUUGCUCCCUUCUCUGAAAUGGAAUUCUGAUACUGAGUUGAUUUGAUCUCCAUUUCUUUUAAUAUUUUUUAACACUCUUUGGAUCAAACAGAGUAUCAUAUAACUAUGUACUACAUACUCAUGUACAUUGAGUCAGAGGUAUAUUAAACAUUUUGCUGGCAGGUUUUUAUAAGUUCCUUCCUUUCUUUCUUAUGCAUGAUUACCGUGUGUAGUUUAAGAUGAUUACUAAGAGUAGUUUUUGUUAGUAGUGUUGAAGGGUUCACUUGAGUGUCUCACUCAGGGUGUUUCUUUAACCUCUGCGUUUAUACUGUUGAUUCACUUGCUAGUUAUGGCGAUUAGAGAGAUCAUGAUUUUGUUUCUUCAGUAUAGGCAUUUUAAUUGAGUACUUUUAUGCCAUAUGGCGGCAUGACGAAUCAGUUUGAUCUCAUCAUGACAAGGUGGUAACCUGCGCUUUCUUACUGAAGUGAACUUUCCAUGCUUCAUUUGGAUGGAAAUCCAGUAGAGCUGAUUAUUUUAAGAUCGGUCCUAAUUAACAACAUGCGAUAAAUGUAGAGCUUACUAGUUAGAAGUCUGUGCUGUCUUUUUGAAAUGUUACAGAAGUUUGAUGUAUUGAAGCAGGUAAAUUAAUAGAUCUAAGAGACAUCUGCUGGGACAUUAGUUAGGAUAUCUGCCCAUCUGAAGUUUGAGUUUGAAAAUAUCAAAGUUAUCAUUUUUCUCAAAUAGAAACUAGGAAUGUGUACAUAUAUAUAUUACUCGAUUUUGAAGUGUUCCAGGGGGGUGAUCGAAGAUUGGACCCGAGUCACUCAGAAAUGUUAUGAAUAUUUCCUUUCAGAGACAUGUUUUGCUGCACAUAGUCCAGGGUUUUUGGUGUUUUCUACAGCGCCAACUUAUUAUUGGCGUUCUCAUUAUCCCUAAUUUAAUUGAAUUGCUUCACUGAAGAUCAAACCCGGAAGCUUUCCAGGCCCCAAUAUGGGGAGGGGGUGAAUAAGGAUAAUAUUUUCACUUUCUUCAGGUACCGUUUCUCACCCUUGCUUUCCUGUUGCUAUUACAAGUACAUGAAUUGGCAAUUGGAGUCUCCGUAGCCUGUCGUCAAAUGGGAAACUCUGUACCCGCAGGAUUGAUAGCCCAGUUUUAGGCACUUGUCAGCUGUCCAAAGGGCUAGCUUGUCUGGUCGUUAACAAUUACCAAAAAAAAAAAA